ACGAUAAUCUGGCGACCGUGUGGCAGCCAGUCUGAUGGCGGCCGGGCUGAGGGCAGGGUCGAGGCAGUAGACCUUUUUUAUAGUUACAUACCGCAGCACACCGCCCAUGCCGCCUGUAUAAUGGACGAGCAUGUCAAGAAGCUGGAGGUGAUGUUUGGCAAAGCAGAGACUGAACUUGAUGCUCUCUCCUACAAGGUGGACCUGGAGUACAAGUCCCUGACGGAGGACCAGCAGGCCGACUCAAAGGCACCCUGUCGUGUGGUGGGCAGCGUGCAGGGUCUGAGGGAGGAGCUUGCCCAGGUGGCCUCAGAGGUGGAAGAGAUUAAAAAGCAGCAGAAGGAGGCAAUGUCCAUGGUGGAGACACAGCUCAAGACUCUGUGUAGCCAGUUUGAUGAACUGAGUGAGGUGGUGGGCCAGCAGAAGCAGCAGCAGGGGGAGGCGGCCCCAUGAGCCGGGGAGUCAUGGGGGACGAGAAAAACUUCCGUUCGCAGUUCUACAAGAAGGUUGGGCUGCGGGAAGUGGAGGAGAAGCGGGCCCUGGAGGCCCUGCUGAAGGAACAGCCGCUAGACGUGGAGCGCUUGGCCGCCUUCUGCUGGAAGUCUGCCGUGCCAGCGGCCCACCGCCACCUGGUGUGGAAGCUGCUGCUCCAGGUGGUGCCGCGCCACGCUGAGUCCCACGACUACGUGCGGCAGCAGCAGCGGCUGGCUUACGAGGAGCUGUGGCGGGCCGUUUCUGCCCUCGGCCUCACUGGCUACAAUGAUAUCGCUGCUGGUGCUGGCGAUGGCCUCCACGACUAUCAGUUCCCCAGCUACCACCACCACCACCAUCCACGCCGAGCUGGACCGGGGCCAGACACGCUGCGGCCGGAGGACCAGCUGUUCAUGUGGCUGGUGAGCCGCGGGCAGCUGCUGCACCCACCCAGGGAGCUCCUGCGGCGGCCAGAGAGUCAGCAGUUCCUGGCCAUCGUGGGCAAGACAGCCGGCCUCAUGGACUGCCCCGUGGAUGUGUUCUGGGUCAGCUCGGCACUGUGGACGCUGCUCAGGGACAACCAGGCGGCUGUAGCAGCGGCUGUCAUGGAGGCAGUCAGCACCCUGCGUCAGGAGAACCGUGCCCUGCACCGCCACCUGCUGCGCAUCGACCUCUUCUCCAGCGGCCUGCUCACAGAGCUCUGCCUCAGCCUGUUCUGUGACAUCUUCCCGGAGAGUGCCAUGGAGAAGAUCCUGGAUAAGGUGGUGGCUGGAGCCUUCAGUGUGCUGGGCUGCCUCACUGCCGCCCUCCUCCUGCACCUCCAGCAGCCCCUCAUCACCACCACCACCACCACUGGUGUCAAGAGUGUGCUGAGCAACAUGCGUAAGGAGGAGGCGGAGAUGGUGGUGGCGGCAGCACUGGAGCAGUGGCUCAAAGUGGGAGCAGACCGCAAGUAGUGUGUUGGACCCUGUGAGGCCCUGAGACUCACUGGCUCUCGGGUGCUGUGCUGUGCUGUGCUGUGCUCAUACUUCCAUCACUCGCUGGCCCAAGUUGUAGUGCAAGACUGAACAGCUCAGUGCAAAAGAAUCGAGUUUUUAUAAUUUCACAUACAGUUGUCUCUCAGCAUCUGCAGGAGAUUGUUUCCAGAGUCCCCCUGGAUACUUACUGUAAGCCAUGGAUGUCAAAAUCCCUGAUACGGUAUAUAAUGGCACAGUAUAACCUCAUCAUCCUGUAUUCUCUGGGUUUCAUAAGCAUUAAUUAUGUUGCCACCAGCUGUUUACUUGUGUCAUGCUGAUAUUGACCUUACUACAUUCUCAUACUUAUUUACAUGUUGAGUUUUACCAGCACGUUGUAUGUCUGGUGUCUAGUAUUGAGGGUACUGUUCACUGUCUUGGUAAUACUGAGGGUACUGUUCACUGCCUUGGUAAUACUGAGCGUACUGUACACUGCCUUGGUAAUACUGAGCGUACUGUACACUGUCUUGGUAAUAUUGAGGGUACUGUUCACUGCCUUGGUAAUAUUGAGGGUACUGUACACUGCCUUGGUAAUACUGAGGGUACUGUUCACUGCCUUGGUAAUAUUGAGCGUACUGUACACUGCCUUGGUAAUACUGAGGGUACUGUUCACUGCCUUGGUAAUACUGAGGGUACUGUACACUGCCUUGGUAAUACUGAGGGUACUGUACACUGCCUUGGUAAUACUGAGGGUACUGUUCACUGCCUUGGUAAUACUGAGGGUACUGUACACUGCCUUGGUAAUAUUUACAGGAGAGCAGCUGUCAUGGUUACACGUACUGCCUUUUUUAAACUUUAUGGAUUUUUUUUCAAAUAUAUCUGGUCUGCCGUUAGUUGACUGUGAGUACGGAGAGCUGACUGUAUUCUUGGAGAGUGGUCAAUAAACUGGUCAUUGAAUUUUUGACGGGAAGGUAUUUGUUGCGAGUAGGUUAAGGUGACUGUCUCGGCUUGUCACAUGUACCUGCCCGUACCUGGGAACAAACAAUAAAGAGAUUCAUCGGCAUAUUA